AUGACAGCACCACCCACAGACACAUCAGCCACCAAGUCGCUGCCAGGGGCAGUCACCCACCUGUCCCGUCUGCCACAGUUUGAGUCAGCAGCCGUGGCAGCCACAGAUAACAUGGCAACUAAUGCAUCAGCUUGCAGUCGUCCAGGUAUCUCUUAUCUCUCUUUGUUGUCUCUUUGCUGUCCACCUGCAGACAUUCCUCUGCCUCUCCCAGUGUUCGUCCCAUCCAAGGCUUUCAUCGUGGAGGCGGAUCACAACCCGUUCAAGUGUCCCCAUCAGGGCUGCAACAAGGCUUUUCGCAAGGAAAACCUGCUCACUUACCACAUCAAAUAUUACCAUACACAGUCAGAGCCGGCAGGGUCCUUGGCUUGUGACACCAUGGGAAGCGUCACAUCUCCACUACUGCAGUCGCCCGUCGGAACUCCUGGCAUUAGGAAAAGAAGGAAGAAAACAAGCAGUAUUUGUUCUACAGACUCGGAUGUGUCAGUAUCAUCCAAGGGCAAAUCUUCAUGUAAACGUUACCGGGACUCGGAGUUCUCCUCGUUGGCAGCAGCCACAAGCCCUGAUAUCCUUGGUCGAGACUUGUGGACAGAUGGCAAGCAGCCUCACAUGUCACACCAUAGUGCCACGGAGGAGUUUGUGGCAGUUGACACAGAGGAUGAAGAUAUGGAGGCUGAUGUGGUUAAUUGUGUGUGCGGUCUUCGGGAGACCAGUGGACUGAUGAUACAGGUCAGUAUCCGAGACAGUUGUCGAUACAUGUUUGACAUGGGCUGGGAGCGGCGAGGUGAACUGCCAUCGUUUCCUUUCGUCUCUGACAGCUCUAUGGAGCAUCUCAAGUCUAUAGCCUGUGAAUGUAACGAGAUGAUCUCCGCUAUUCAAGCUAUCAAGGCAGCACUACACUCCACACGCCGACAGAUCAAAAUCUCCAAGGAAGAUGCAGACCCAGAGUUCCAACUGUGGCAGACCGACUGGGACAACUGGACCAAACCAGAAGAGGAUCUAACCUUGACCCCUCGUUCAGGGGAUCCUGACCCCUCCCCCACUCCAUCCACAUUUCUGUUUUCUGCAGCACCUCACCCAGAUAUCACAUCCGCCACAACCGAAGUUUGUUCUCCUUCCAUCAUGGUGUCGUCAUCUGAUCCUUUGUUGCAGUCGAUGCUGCAUGUCACAGCGACAUUGGCAGAGGCAGCCUCGAUCUUAGACCUGCCACCAGUCAUGUCCCAGCCGUCGACAACAGAGGCAUCCACUUCAGCAGUCACCCCACCAGCGGUUGGUUCUCACACAGACAUACUUUCAUUAGCUGGUUCAAAUCCUGCCCCGCUGAUAACUCCAUCAUCAUCAUCAUCGUGUGCUGGACAUAGCCACACCAUGACAUCUUUUCAAGCACAGGCUGGUGGUUUGGUUCGAGAUUUGUUUUCUGGUUGUCAUGGAGACAACCCACAGUCCUCGUCUGCAGACAGAAUUCAGGACAUGGACUGUCGAACGGAAAGUUCUGAAGAGAAAGAAACUGAGCAACCCUCACCAGUUGAUGAAAAAACAAAAUCUGAUGGAGGCAGCAAUAACACUGUGUUGUUACAGUUGGGCAGUGAAAGGUUUCCAGAACCUUCCUCAUCAGGUUUACAACUGGCGUCUGCUGGGACAUCAUCCUCAAAUCCUGCAGUUUGUAAUGGGGUGUGUUUGGAUGUGAAAACUAAUGGGCGGGACUUCAGCCUGGAGACAGUGUCUUCCUGUGCUCUGAUGUCACCUGGACGGGAUGCUGCUGAACGACAUGGCUCGUUGUCAUUACUUGUUGGCGGUGACAGCCAGGACCAGCUGUCAUCGUCAUCCCUGAGUGCCAGGUUGGAUAGGACAGUGGAGAUGAAUGACAGCACACAUGUGACCUCUCUGUACUUGGAUCCGCAGGUGGACGGUGAUGAUGAUGAUGAUGUUCCCGACAAUGAUACGGACACAGCUGAGGAGUCCUUAGAUCCAUACAGAAACUGUGAGCAGAACUUGCUGAUCCAUGUCAGCCGAGUCCACUCAGACAUCGAGAAACAGCUGGAACUGCUGGAGCAACAGAUCACAGACCUGGAGACCUCCGAACACAGCAACCCCACGGUGCAUCUCACUGAAGACAAUGUUCUCAACGAUGUGCCAGCACUGAAGAAAUCUCUCAGCAAGUUGUGCAGAAACCUGGCCAGCUUGGAGAAGUUGUGUGUCCACCACUAG